AUACGGGCCACCGUAGUUUAUAUUGGUUUAUAUAGGAGUUAUUGUUCCAGUUUAUAUUACAGUUCACUGGUGUCCCCACAGUACCCAUGAGCCCACGCGGCCAACUCAAUAGAAAUCCUCACUUCUUGACUUCUUCACUCGUUAUUGUGUUCUUAUUUCGUUGGAACUGGCAGAGUUUGCGAAUAUUUUAAUUUUAUAGUCGAAAUGACCGCGUUUUUACCGUCAAAUCUUUUGGCAUUAUUUGCUGCUAGACCUCCCAUACCAUAUCUUCCGCCUCUGGAUAAACUAGGUCAUCAGAAAAAGCCUUGGCCGUACAGUGGAAUUGCGAGUAUCGUUGCUGACUUCGAGGAUCCUGAAGAUACACCUUCUCCAACUCGUGCAGAAACUAGAGAUGAAAAAAUAGAAAGAAAGAAAUGUGAAAGAAUUAAGAAAAAGAAAGCGGAUUUGGAGAAAGCUGCAGAAGAAUGGGAUCCUCACACUGAUGGCUCCGAUGCAUUUAAAACUUUAUUUGUUGGCAGACUGAAUUACGAUACAUCGGAAAAGAAAAUGCGAAGAGAGAUGGAAGUUUAUGGUCCUGUAAAAUCGAUUCAAAUGGUGACCAAUUCUACCACAGGAAAACCUCGUGGUUAUUGUUUUGUCGAGUUUGAACAUGAAAGGGACAUGCAUACCGCUUAUAAACAUGCUGACGGUAAGAAGAUUGACGGCAGGCGUAUUGUAGUAGAUGUGGAAAGAGGAAGAACAGUGAAGAACUGGAAACCUCGACGUUUAGGUGGAGGGCUAGGUGGCACACGAAAUGGUGCUCCUGAAGCAAACAUAAAGCAUUCUGGCCGCGUCGAAAAUUUUGACAGGGAUCGCGAGAGAGAUGAACGUGAUCGUGGUGGUGAAUAUCGUGACCGUUCAAGGCGUGAUCGUGGUGGUAAAUAUCGUGACCGUUCAAGGCGUGAUCGUGAACGAGACCGUGGCCGUGAUAGAGAUCACGAUAGACAUGAUCGUCGCCGAGAAAGGGGGGAGGGUAUUCAUUUUUAACUCAAUAUUUGGGAAGGAAACAAGACAAUUUUUUAUUUGAAUAGUUAUACUUUGAAUUUGUUACACGUUCAUCGUCAAGACUAUAUUUAAAAGAGAACUGACGCUCUACUGAUAUGAAUGUUACAUCAUUCCAACGGAAGUGUGGAAGUGUGAAUUGGGUGGUACUAACAUACCACACUAUAACCCAGGAAAUGUUCUCUCAACACUACUCAAUCCUCUCGCUUCUAAUGAAUUUACUCUUACCGAUUCGUUUGUUCCCGUAAACUCUAUCCACAUUAUUCCUAAAAAUUUAUUGAAGGCUAUCAAUUCGUUUCGUUUGACGUCGAAUCUUUAUUUACCAACGUGCCUUUGAAAAGAGCAAUAAAAAUAAUUUUGGAAAGAAA